CCAGCCGACGCUUUUUUUGUUGCGGACCACACAUACUUUGUUCCUCCGAGCGCCUAUAGUUUUCAAUUCGUGUUUUGGAAACUCGACUUACUGUAAAAGCGGCGUUUGUGUUUGCGGCCUUGUGUAUUUCAGCUCGUCAUGUCGGAUACUUGGAGCAACAUCCAGGCGCACAAGAAGCAGCUGGACUCCCUGCGGGAGAGGCUGCAGCGGCGGCGGAAAGACCCUGCGCAGCUGACCACCAUGGCGGAUGGUGGGAGCAGCGGUGAAGGUUCAGCAGCCAGGAGUGACAGUCCGACUCCGUCAGCUCCGCUCGCUUCUCAAGAGGAGACGGAAAAACCACCAGACCCAGAGCUAGAGAAGAGCCUGCUGGGAUAUCUGUCUGAUCUGAGUCUCUCCCUGCCAACAGAGUCUCUCGCCAUCACAAAUGAGCUCGGCCGUUCUGAAGGUCCCGUCAGUCAUGGAUGCAUCCAGAGCCUGCUGCUUAAAUUCUCAGCUCAGGAGCUCAUCGAGGUUCGACAGGCUUCCUCUUCUUCCUCCUCCUCCACAGUUGUAGUAUCUGUGGACCACACAAAACUCUGGGCCAUGAUUGGGUCGGUGGCUGGAGCCCAAAGAACUGGAGUCAAGAGGAAAGCUGAGGAGCAGACCCUCGGCAAAAGAGCCGGCGGCUUCUCGCCCUCGCUUCAGAGCUCGGCUUCUCCGCCCCACUCCACCUCCUCUCUGACUCCGGCCUCCUCGUCUCAGCUCGCUUCUUCUUCUUCAGGGAGCGCAGCUGAGAAGAAGGGCAGGAUCAGCAAAAGCCAGUCGUCUCAUUUGGACAUGGAGAUUGAGAGCCUCCUGAACCAGCAGUCCACCAAGGAGGAGCAGAGCAAAAAGAUGAGUCAAGAGAUCCUGGAUCUGCUGAACACCAGCACGGCCAAGGAGCAGUCCAUCGUGGAAAAGUUCCGCUCUCGUGGCCGAGCGCAGGUCCAGGAGUUCUGCGACCACGGGACCAAAGAGGAGUGCGUCCAGUCUGGAGACGCUCCUCAGCCGUGCACGAAGCUGCACUUCCGCCGUAUCAUCAACAAGCACACAGACGAGAGCCUCGGUGACUGCUCCUUCCUCAACACCUGCUUCCACAUGGACACCUGUAAGUACGUGCACUAUGAGAUCGACAGCCCCCCCGAGGCUGAAGGCAACCUGCUGGGGAGCCCGGCAGGGGCCACUGAUCUCGGCCUCCACGCUACGGACACAGACAGCAACGUGGGCACACUCUUCCCUUCGCAGUGGAUCUGCUGUGACAUCCGCUACCUGGACGUGUCCAUCCUGGGUAAGUUUGCCGUAGUGAUGGCCGACCCUCCCUGGGAUAUUCACAUGGAGCUGCCGUACGGUACUCUGACUGACGAGGAGAUGAGACAACUGAGCAUUCCCGCCCUGCAGGACGAUGGUUUCCUCUUCCUCUGGGUCACUGGGAGGGCCAUGGAGCUGGGCCGAGAGUGUCUCAGCCUGUGGGGCUACGAGCGUAUUGAUGAAAUCAUUUGGGUGAAAACCAACCAGCUUCAGAGGAUCAUCCGGACUGGCAGGACUGGUCACUGGCUGAACCACGGGAAGGAGCACUGUUUGGUGGGCGUGAAGGGAAACACUCAGGGGUUCAACAGAGGCCUGGAUUGUGAUGUCAUUGUGGCUGAGGUCCGCUCCACCAGUCACAAACCUGACGAGAUCUACGGCAUGAUAGAGCGGCUGUCUCCCGGCUCCAGGAAGAUCGAGCUCUUUGGGCGACCUCACAAUGUCCAACCCAACUGGAUAACUCUAGGCAACCAGCUGGACGGCAUUCACCUCCUGGAUCCUGAGGUUGUAGCGCGCUUUAAGAACCGAUAUCCAAAUGGAGUCAUCUCCAAACCUUAAGACGCAUAUUGAUGAUGUCAGUGGUGACA